AGUGGAGGAAUCGACGGUCCCUGAGCGCACACUGUCUGCGGGAGAGUACCGAGCACCACUCUCGGGAAAGGGAAAUAACGGUUUCUUCUUUUCCUCGCCUCCCCGUCUGCGAUCUAACUGCACGAAAAAAAACGAUCCUGAUUCCGGGAAAAGGGGGGCUACUACUACUACUACACCUUAUUGUUCCUAAGAGGUGGAGAGGGAAGCGAGGGAUCGGAGCUGCAAGUUUCCCCCCCUCUCUCUGUCUCUCUCCGCUUUUCUUUAUUUGUUUUCUCCACAGCCCCCCCAAAAAAGGGAUUCUGUAUUCGGGCUCGUUUGUGUUCCGCUCUCGCCGCAAAGAUGAUGGUCGGAGAGGUCGAAGUCAAGGAGCGACCGAGGCCGAGUCCGGACUAUUUGAUGCAGUUGUUGAACGAGAAGAAGCUCAUGACCAGUUUGCCAAAUCUCUGCGGCAUCUUCACGCACCUGGAGCGGCUUCUCGAUGAAGAGAUCAACAGAGUGCGCAAACACAUGUACAGCGACACAGUGAAUGGCCUUGUGGAGAGACACCCCUUAGAGCUGCCAGAGCCUGCGGGACCCGUGGUCUACUUGCAGGAAAAACUGUUCGUGCCUGUCAAAGAGUACCCAGACUAUAACUUUGUGGGUAGAAUCCUGGGCCCUCGGGGACUCACGGCCAAACAGUUGGAAGCAGAGACGGGAUGUAAAAUCAUGGUGCGAGGCAAGAGCUCCAUGCGAGACAAAAAGAAGGAGGAGCAGAACAGAGGGAAGCCAAACUGGGAGCACCUAAACGAAGAGCUCCAUGUCCUGAUCACAGUGGAGGACACGCAGACCAGAGCCGAGAUUAAGAUGAGGAGAGCCGUCGAGGAAGUAAAGAAGCUCCUUGUACCAGCUGCAGAGGGUGAAGACAAUUUGAAGAAGAUCCAGCUAAUGGAGUUGGCCAUUCUCAACGGAACAUACAGAGACAACAACAUCAAAGCUCCCACCCUUGCGUUCUCUCUUGCAGCGGCGGCAGCAGCCGCUCAGGGACCCCGCCUCAUAGCGACGCCCACAGGUCAGAUGUUGCCUCACCAGGCGCUACGGCCCCCAACUCCUGCCGGGGGCCCAAUCAUGAACCUCAUCCGGCCCUCACAGAUGGCUGCCAUGCUACCCAAUGGCACCCCCACUCUGGUGCCGCCCACGCCCGACGGUGGGCUCAUCUACACCACCCCUUAUGAUUACCCCUACGCCCUGGCACCCACCUCCCUGCUGGAGUACCCCAUCGAGCACAGUGGGGUUCUAGGUAAGCGAGCCUGGGGGAGCAUGAGUGCGGCGGGUACGGCGGCCAGCUUUAGCCAGCCCGGACCUGAGGGCAGCUUGUUUUACCCCGGAUUUGGGGUGCUGGACACGGCUUCCAUGAGCCACUGUCAAGACUUGUUGAAAGGUGCAAUGGCUACUAAAGUGAGACGGCAUGACACGCGGGUCCAUCCUUACCAAAGGAUUGUGACCGCUGACAGAGCCGCCACCGGCAACUAACACAUGACCUUCUGACCUCUGAACUCUUCACCCAAUGACGAGCCGCCCCAAGCCUGCCUGCUGAUCAGUUAACUGGUAAUUUGCCUUUCGCUAGCCUCUCGGACGCAAGUGACAGAGAGAGAGAAAGAGAGAGAACUUGAGGGAGGCGCCUACCCUAACAAAAUCUUCACACAAACAUGACAAAAAGUUGUGUAAUACUCCAUUAUUAUUUUUGGUUUUCUUUUGACCCCCCCCCCCCCCUUCAUUGAGUUUAGUUCCCAUUCUUUCUCUUUCUUUUUCUUCAUGAGUCACAAAGCGGGUGGGAUGUUUGUGGUGUUAAUCAUAAAUGUGCACUGAAGUUUAAUAGCAAUAAGAUGCCAACCAGAAUCCACCUGUACCCGUGUGGGGGGGAUCAUCUAUUUUGGGUUUAGAAUGGCAACACAAUGCCCCUCAAAAAAGAAAGGAGGCUCGGGUGAUGUCUACUGUAGCCCACCCACCCCAGAAAGAAAAAGAAGGAAAGAGAACUCUUAACUCUUAACUUGGAUUUUCUGUCAACAUGUUAGCGUGCUGACACAUUCUGGGUGUGCCGCCCUUUUAGCCUUUCCCCCAAACAGCUUUCUGUCUGAUUGUUUAAACAAACGCAUGGCUGUCACAAUUGCAAACAAUACGCUUUGUUCAUUUUUUGUUGUUAUAAUCUGUGUGUUUUAUUUUUUGGGGGAAUCUGCGCUUAAUUUCCUGUUCACAUGUUUUUGUUGUUGUUGUUGUUGUUUUACUUGAUGCAAGCAGUGGGGGCGGGUGUUUGUUUUUUUCUUUUUUUUUCUUUUUUUUCUGUCACACUAAAGAAGCAGGCUGCUAAAGCUAAAAUGGGAUGGUUAUAAUUUGGGAUGAAGGGUUUAUGUGUGCGUGUGUGUGCUUUCUUUUAAACAUUUUUGUGUUUUUCUUUCAAGUACUAUCAUGAAAGUAAGGUGUUAUGAGGUUUUGGGGCACCCCCCCACCCCCGCCCCUGCUGUCCCUAUUCACACUAUAUCCAUUUAACAGUGCCUGAUGCAUUUAGAACAAAAAAAAAAUCUCAAUGAGUUUGCUUAAGCUGUGAUCAAAAAAGACAAAAAAAAACCAAGUAUUAAGUGUGCAUAUUUAGCCAAAGGAUUUUCCUAUGAAUUAUUACUACUAUUAUCAAUCUGCAAUUAUGCAUCUGUCUCGCAGAGGGCUCGUUGUGGUUUUAAAAGUUUGCAACGGUGUGAAUUUGUGGUGCCUGCCUUCAGCUGGAUGAGACAACCAGUCCGAUAGCGUUUUCAUUUGAUUUUUGUUGUUUUUAUUUUUCCUGAGAUGCAGAAGAAUAACAUUAUUAGAUUGUUGUAAUUGAUAGAAAAAAAGGGCACUCACUUUUAUUUUUCCUUAUGACACAUUGCCAAUUUUUUUUACCCAUUUUUUUAUUUUUUACAAUUAUAUUUGGCCAAUUUAUUUACAUCGGAACAUGCCAACCUGAAAGCGCAUCCACAAUGUGUCACACCUCUCCCACCCUUUUUACAAGCUCUUUUGUUGAACUCUCUCAAGAAAAAAAAUAGGAUGUGAAAGCCAUGCCUGCCUGUUUAAAUUGCUUUAUACAUACGUCUUUAUAUAUAUAUAUAUAUAUAUAUAUAUAUAUAUAUAUAUAUAUAUAUAUAUAUAUAUAUAUAUAUAUAUAUAUAUAUAUAUAUAUAUAUAUAUAUAUAUAUAUAUAAAUGUAGAUACGCCAUUGCAUAUAUAAAUACAGAAGCGAACAAAAAAAAUGGAUGAUUUUACAGGGUGCUGGUUUAGAGAGAAAAGAAAAAAAAAUCUAUUUUUGGCUAUUUUAGCUUUUGAUACUUUACUUGCAGAUACAAAAUCAGAAGGAAAAACAAAAACAAAAAAUGAAUGAGAAAGUGCAAAUGCUGUUUGCCUGGAUUUGACUGGAAGGAAGUGUUUUAAAAUGAACAAAUCAAAACAAAAGAAAAACAAAAAAAAGUGCCUUAACAAGAGUGGUCUCUGUUUUUUCCGAGUAGUCCGGUUGUGUUUAGUAAGUAAAAAAGAUAAAAAACCCAGCACCCACCCGAGAUGGCGCAGCAGGGCGAAACGGCUCGUGUUUUUUGGCCGUCGUCGUUGUUACUCUAUGCAACCAGAAUUAGCUAACCAGCUAACUAUGUGCCAUGUUUUUUUGUCUUCCUCAGAUUACUUUUCUUGUUACUUGACAGCCCUUUACUCUGCUGUAUGAGCAGGCUCCUGAAUUUAAAGAAUCAUAUGAAUUUUUUAUUUUUUUUUGCGUGUGCGCGUGACUUAACUUCCUAGAAGAAACGGAGCUGCCGGUAGCAAUGUAGUAAGACGCAUUGAGUCGAUCGUGAGCUGAGAAAAAUACAUUGACAGUGUUUGUUUCGACGACGAUUUGACCGUUAAAUCGUGAAACAACGUCACAAUAUCAAUAUCACCAUUAUUAGCGUUUCCGUUCAUGGCUUUCUCAUCAAGCCGUUAUGCCGAAAGGUCAAUGAAAUUCUCUCUUUUUUCAGUGUUAUUAGUGGCAUAUUAUUUAGAAAUUGAAAUGCAAUAUUAAAAGCGGAGAUGGCUAUUCAGCAGCAUUUGACAGUAUUAGGAGAAGUCGCUCCGCGAUGUUACGCGCUACAGUGUCGUCGUGUUGGCGGUCCAGCCGAUGGAAAAGUUGAAAGACGUUACAGACCGUAUUCUCUUCUCUUGGCCUGCCUAUUACACAUGUAUGAUAAUGUAAUUAACAGCCAUUGUUACAGGUUUAUAAUGUAUUUUUCUAAUCUCAUUUUAUAUGUAUAUUAAUCAUGUUUCUGAGUGCUUUUUUAUGACCUCCCCGUCCCCCAAACCUUUCCUUCUCCUUCCCUUGCCCCCACAACCCCUCCACUUUUUUAAGUGUCUGGUGGGGAGUGUUGCCUUUUUCCCCCCCCUGUUAAAAAUUAUAUUUUGUUUUCAUGCCCAGCUUGUUUAACUCAUUAGCGACUUGAUUAGUUUUUUUCUUGUCAUAAGUAUUUUUACAUGCUUGCCAUUUAGUUUUCAUGGUGUAUGCUGUUUUUGUUUUUUUUCUUAUUAACCUCUUGGCAUUUAUUUUAAUAAAACAUUCUUAGUAAGAAUUUUA